UUUUUUUUGACUGUAACAGUAUCUUCACUUUCAUAUAUCAGCAGUUACCCUCAUUCAUUUAUAAACAGAACGAAUAUGAAGGAAUUUAAGCUGGUUGUUUUGGGAUCAGGUGGGGUUGGCAAGUCCGCUUUGACAGUACAAUUUGUCCAAUCUAUUUUUGUAGAGAAAUAUGACCCCACGAUUGAGGACUCCUACCGUAAGCAAGUAGAAGUAGAUGGUCAACAGUGCAUGCUCGAGAUUUUGGAUACAGCGGGUACAGAACAAUUCACAGCCAUGCGUGAUCUGUACAUGAAGAGCGGUCAAGGUUUUAUUCUCGUCUACUCUAUCACUAGUCAAGUGACUUUGACUGACCUACAUGAAAUUAAAGAUCAAAUUAACAACGUGAAAGGCAACGAAGAUGUUCCUAUGGUUUUAGUAGGAAACAAAUGUGAUCUCGAAUCUGAGAGAAUGGUAUCUAGGGAGAAGGGAAUGUCUUUAUCUCAACAAUGGGGAGGAAAGCCUUUUUAUGAGACCUCAGCCCGAUUCAAGAUUAACGUAGAUGAGGUUUUUUACGAUGUAGUUAGACAGAUCAACAAACAAAAUCCUUCUAAAGAAAAGAAUAAGAAGAAGUUCAAAUGCCUCAUUUUGUAGAGUGUUGAGCUUAUAUAGUCAAAAAGUUAUUGUCGAUUUCCAGUUUACGUAACGUCGAAAAUCAUAUAUAUUUUUAUAUUUCUUCAGCUCUUCUAUUUAUUAUAUAUAUAUAUAUAUAUAUAUAUGAAUAUAUAUAUAUAUGUAUACACACUUAUUUAAUAUUUAGUUCGUUUGUGCAAAAUUCAGAGUAUU